AUGGCGGCAGCCGUGGCACCGAAAGAUGUUAAUACGUAUUUAAGUCAAAAUCAAAAUGUUGCAGACAAAGAAUUGGCUGCAGAGUGGGCACAACUGGAAGAAUUAUACAAUAAAAGUUUAUCUGAAUCUCAUCGUUUGGUGACUUGCAGGCUUUGGCAUCAGCUGACACUUAAAUUAGAGACAUUUGUGAAGCAUCCAGCGCUUCAGAAAGGAGAUAAGUUGGUACAGUUGUACGUCAACUUCUUAUCUACUUUUGAAAACAAGAUAAAUCCUUUGUCAUUGGUAGAAAUAUUGGCCUGUGUAAUACAACAAUUUCAAAAUAAACAAGAAGCAAUUAAAUUCUUGGAGAAAACAGAGUCUAAAGUUAAAAGCAGCAAUGAAGCGGUCGCUUUGUGUAAAGUUCUAACUGGACAGAUUUUACUUGAGAAGUUAAACAACCAGGAGCAAGCAAAACAAAUUAUAGAAGAAGUUGAGACUAUGUUGGAUAAUGCUGAUGGUAUUACAACAGUUCAUGGUAGAUUUUAUUUAUUAGCUAGUCGUCUUUAUCGUCUUCAAGGAAAACAUGCUGAAUAUUAUCGUACUGCUUUAAGAUAUUUAGGUUGUAUUGAUUUGAAUAAUCUAAGCAGACAAGAGCAAGAACAGCAUGCAUUUUUCCUUGGAUUAGCUGCACUUUUGGGUGAAGGAGUCUAUAAUCUUGGAGAAUUAUUGGCUCAUCCAGUUUUACAAUCCUUGAAAGGUACUCCAAACUCUUGGUUAGUUGAUUUAUUACAAGCUUUCAAUGCUGGUGACAUUGUUGCGCUUGAAAAGUUAAAGCCGCAAUGGAGCAAAGUUGCUGAUUUAGCUGCGCAGGAAUUAAAAUUGAGGCAGAAGAUAUCUCUUCUAUGCCUCAUGGAAAUGACCUUUAAAAGGCAAGCUAACAACAGGCAGUUAACAUUUGCAGAAAUUUCUCAAGAAACUCGUUUGCCUCUAGGUGAAGUAGAAUUAUUAGUAAUGAAAGCUUUGGCUCAAGGUUUAGUUCGUGGUGCUAUUGAUCAAGUAGCUGGAACAGUUAAUAUGACAUGGGUACAGCCGCGUGUAUUAGAUCGUACACAAAUAGCUGGUAUGGUUCAACGACUCGAUGGAUGGUGUAAAGACGUUAAUUCAAUGGAACGUUUGUUAGAGUCUCGAGCAUCUGAGAUUCUUACACUAUAA